AUGGCUUCGCUCGACAUGGACGCUUCGGCUGCCGCCGCUAGUCUCGACAGCCUGCACAGCGCACUUUCCAAGAUUCGCCACCACACCAACUCGAAGCUUGAGAAUCAAAAGGGCCCAGCACAGCUCCUCGUUGCUAUUGAGGCUACGUUGAAAGAGCAAGACUCGUCCAAUGGAUCCACAUCAGCAUCGGAUGCUUCCGCUUCUCAGCAUGCUUUCACUCAGCGCGCACCCGCCGAAUACUUUCUUGCUCUCGAGUCGAUGCUCGAGCUUGCAAGAUCGCCAUCAUCGCCACCUUCGCUGCUCAACAACGUCUUUUACCUUCUCUCCAUAGUAGCACCACACGUAUCUGCUGGCAUCCUUCGUGCAAAGCUCGCAUCCUUGGUACCCGCAGUCGGCAAGCUCCUUGGCACUCCUCACCCGACUACCUUCAACGUCAAUGACACCUCGGCUGCAGAGAACUAUGCUUCGGCGCUCAAGUCGGCGCUUGCCAUCCUUCAGGUCAUCUACACCGCUUUCGAAGCUGACCUUGCUGCUCUCGAGAAGGACGCCCCCCUGCGCUCCUGCUGGUCUGCUACGCUCAACCUCUGCGCCGACUCUCGUCCCAAGCUUCGAAGACGGGCACAGCUCCUCAUCACCACCAUCCUUCCCACCACAGCUGCCCCCUCGGUUAAGCCAUAUCAUCCUUUCCUCAAACUCACCUUUGACUGGAUCAUUUCCACCUUGACCCACGUUGCCGAUGCAGGCUCCGUCUCAACCUCGGCAUCGAAUCCAAAGAACGGAAAGGGCAAGAACAAGAAGCAGAACCAGAAGGAGGACCCCUUGCAUCCAAAGUACGACAAGAAGUCCGGCACCGCCAAGCAGGCUCAAGCUGCAGCUGCCCUUCGACAGAACCUGGGCGACACCGCUUCCGUCGGUAUCUGGACCUGCGGCUUCGCCAAGCAGCUCAUCAACAUCCUUCCCAUCGCUCAGGUCGACGACCUCGUCGCUGCUCUACUCCUACUGCCUGGUAUUCAGAAUCCUUUCCUCACGGUUGCCGCCUUCGAUGUCUUUGAAGCGUUCCUCAAGACUUGUCGUCCCAGCAUCUCUUCUGGCGCCGCUCAGGCCGACGCCCUUUUCAUCCAGUCGCACCUCACUUCCGCCCCCAGCAGCAUCGGUGAGAAGACCCUCGCCAGCUUGCUCGAUUCGCUGCGCGAGCCGGCGUUUGUUCCUUCCAGCUCCGACGUCCAGCUCCUUCCCGCUUACUUGCGAGCGCUUGAGCAAGCCAUGUCGGCCUACUCUCGCUUCAACAACGGUGAGCCUGCUUGGCGUCUCGCUCCUCAGGUCUGGAACCAGGUCUUUGCCCUUUCCAUGUCGGCCAAGUCUGAUGCCUCGCGCACUGCUCCAGCAGUUCGUGCCGCCGGAGGUGACACCCUUAUCGCGCUUCUGCGCUACUGUGUGCCCGAUGCAGCCGUCAUCGACUCGAUCAAAUCGUCUUUCUCCAAGAAGAAGGCUGGCAGCAACCCUCUCCUCGACAUGAUCCAGUCCAUCGAGGAUGCCAUCGGCAAGGACUCGCUCCAAUACAUGCACUCGCGCGCUGAGAUCCUCUCUGUGCUCGCCUCGCUCAUCACUCGAUUGCGCUACCACUACGUGCCCAACACCCAACCUCCUCACCCCGCCGCUGCAUCGCUCACCAUGCACAUCGUUCAGAGUAUCGCUGAGCUUCGUCAGGAGCCCACCUUCGAGCACCGCGAGUACGCCGAUACCGUCAUUGCUGCUGCUGUCGAGGUGUGUGGUCCACGUCUCCUUCUCGAGUCCAUCCCGCUCAACCUCUUUGGUGAGGCUGAGGGUCCUGGUCGUGCUUGGCUCCUGCCCCUCAUCCGCACCAAGAUCACCAACACCGAGCUCAGCCACUUCACCGGCGAUCUCGUCUCGCUGUCCGAAAAGAUCUUCAACAAGCGUCAGGAGGCCGAGAGCGAUGGUCGUCCCGUCGAGGCCAAGAUGUACGAGGCGCUCACAGAGCAGAUCUGGGCUCUCUUCCCAGCCUACUGCGCCAUGCCUCGUGAUCUUGUUACCGCAUUCACCCGUCAAUUCGCCGAGCUCUUGACGAAUGUGCUUUACACUCAGCCCAACUUGCGUCCUUCGAUCUGCCGAGGUCUUCAGGCUCUUGUCUACCGCAACGAAGCUCUCGUCUCGUCCGGUGCUCCCGCAGACUCGCUCAAGCACGCAUUCGGUCUCGAUCAAACUGAUGGCAAGGCCAACAUCGCUCACCUCUCGGCUAUCGCUCCCAACCUCCUCGCCGUCCUCUUCAACGUCUUCUCACAGUCGCCCGGAGAAGGUCGAGGUUUCGUUUACGACACCAUCGCUGCUUACCUCCGUGUCAUGUCGCCUCAGGAUGUGCAGAACACCUACGUCAAGGUCAAGACCACGCUCGAGCAGUCGUUACCCACGCUCCCUACCAAGCAGAAGAAGAACUUCAAGGAGGCACCCAACGCUCCUCCUCCCGUUUCUUACACUAUGCUCGACUUGCUCUCCGCUUUGAUCCCUCACCUCGACAAGGCUGCGCAGGGCUCUGCUGCCGAUCUCUUUUCGCUCAUCUGCCAGGACAAUGUUCUGCGCUCGCAUGACUCGACCGUGCAGAAGAAGAGCUACCGUAUCCUCAGCCGUCUGCUCGAGGGCGACUCCGGCAAGCAGAUCCUGCAAGUCAGCAGUAACGGCGCUAAGGCCAGCAACCGCGUCAGUGAGUUGCUCGAGAAGCUUCGGGAGUCGACCGCCAGUGUUGCUCUUGGUGCCAAGCGUGACCGUGUCCUCUUGCUCGCUACGCUGGUUCCCAACAUUCCGUCGGACGAGCUUCACCACUUGCCCACCAUCAUUCCUGAAGCAGUGCUGGCAACCAAGGAAGUCAACGCCAUCACUCGUCAGAACGCCUACGAGUUGCUUGUUCAGAUGGGCUACAAGAUGGAGCAGGGUGGUGUCAUUAACCGUUCGCUCCUCGAGGGACAUGGCGCUGGUGCCGCUGCUGAGGGCGAGGACGAGGAAGACAGCAAGAUGGCCGAGGGCGGCGUCGUUUCUGCCUCGAUUAGCGAGUACCUCACCAUGGUAGCUGCCGGCCUUGCCGGUACCACACCUCACAUGAUCAGCGCCACCAUCACCGCUCUCUCCCGACUUGUAUACGAGUUCAAGGAGAACCUCGAGCAGAGCGUGCUCGACGACUUGCUCAGCACCAUCGAAGUCUACCUUCAGUCGGCCAACCGUGAGAUCGUCAAGUCAGCGAUCGGCUUUGUCAAGGUGGCCAUUGUCGACUUUAAUACUACUCUGAUUGACUCGCACUUGCCCAAGCUGAUUCCAGCACUGCUUGGAUGGUCGACAGAACACAAGCAGCACUUCAAGGUCAAGGUCCGUCACAUCGUUGAGCGCUUGCUCCGUCGAUUCGGCUUUGAGCGCAUCUACCAGUUGACGGAUGAGGACAAUCGGAAGCUGAUCAACAAUAUCCGCAAACGCAAGGAGCGAGCUAAGCGCAAGAAGGCCGGCGCCGCCGCUGACAGAGAGGCAGGUGCUCUUGGUGAGGAGGAUGACGACGAGCCUGGUCUCGCUCCACGCAUCCUCAAGACCAAGGGUGGCAACGAUGCCUUCGAGGAGGUGGUGUACGGAUCCGAGUCGGACAUUUCGGACUCGGACGAGGAUGGCGAUGACGACGCCGAGGCUGGUGACGGUCGCAAAGGUGGUACUGCCGCAGCUUUGGCUCGCAACCGCAACCGCAACCGCAACCGCAAGGACGGUGGUCGUGAUGGUGACGAGAAGGAGGGUCGUCGUGAUCGUCGUCGUGCCAAGCAGCAAGAUGAGGCUUACAUCGAGAUGGAUGACGAAGACGAUGUGCCCAUGGACUUGCUUGACCGCAGCGCCACUGCUCGUAUCUCUCUCUCCAACCCCAACGCCAAGAAUGCCGCCAACGGCCGCAACAAGAAGCGCCAUCCCGGUCAAGAAGCUAGCAAGUUUGCCCUUGACGAAGCCACCGGUCGUAUGCUCAUCGACGACGAGGAGGAUCGCUCCGCCAAACAGUCGAACGCUGCUGCCAAGCGUGUCUCGUUCGCGGAUGGGGCCAACGCGGAGUCUGAAGACGUGGAGGGUGCAGGCACAGCCUACCUCAACCAAGCCCGUGGUAUGGACGGUAUGGCUCAGGUUCGUGGUGGAGCUGUCAAGUUCAACAAGAACAACAAGCGAACUCGUGAAGCUGAACGCGAGAUGGAGCUGGAGCAGAUUGCAGUCGAGGAGGCACAGGACCGAGCACGACAGGUGCAGGGCGGCAGACGAGCCCAAGGGGCGGACAAGAAGAGAAGAGUUAAGGAAACAAUUGGUAAAGAGUUUCGUGCUAAGCGGGGUGGCGGUGAUGUGAUCCGCAACGGUAAGAGUCCGUAUGCUUAUGUGCCGCUCAGCCAAGUUGCGGGUAAGAAGGCGGACAAGAAGGAUAACAUCUCUUACACUGGCAAGGGCGAUAAGAGCCGAAAGCGUCGUUGA